UUGUUUUUUUUUUGCUUUGCAGGUCGACCCCUCCGUGCGGUGGUGGCAGUAAGUGUGAAGGGCUUGAGUGCUGUGCUCUAUCUAGUAGGUGGGCGCAUCGGUUAGCCGCUGCCCGCCAGAGGGGCACGGCGCCGCCUUCUGCCUUUUCUUCACGUGGCGGCAACUGUUGGCUGCGGGAACAGUCCGGGUCCUUCCGGGUAGGUCUGGCCCGCAGGUCUCCGCAGAACUUAGAUACUAUAGAUCAUCAGUGGAAAACUUCCUGAAAGAAGAAAUUGUCGGAGAGAAAUUUGAAAGUGGCAAAAUGGGAGACAAAGAAUUGACAACAGAUGUAGAGGACAGCAUGGAAAUUUUACUUCAUUCAUUUGUUUAACAAAUUUAUUCAGCAAAACUUUGUUGAAUACCUACCGUUGCUAGGUAUUGUCCUAGGCAACAGAACACAGCAGUGAACAAAACAGACAAAAAUCUCCUGCCCAUGUACAACUACAGCUGAUGAUGUCUUCCAGUUUCAAUAUAUAUAGAGUUGGCAUCUCUUUUGUCAUGAUGUGCAUUUUUUAUAAGUCAGCAGUAGACUCUCUAUCAGAACUGAGCCCACAGAAAUACUUCAGUACAUUGCAACCGGGAAAAGCCUCCUUAGCUUAUUUUUGUCAAGCCGAUUCUCCAAGAACUUCCAUAUUUCUUGAAGAACUGAAUGAGGCUGUUAAACCUCUCCAGGACUUUGGAAUUUCAGUUGCAAAGGUUAAUUGUGUCAAAGAAGAAACAUCAAGAUACUGUGGAAAAGAAAAGGAUUUGAUGAAAGUGUAUUUAUUCAGGGGCAACAUCUUACUGAGAGAAUUCCCUACUGAUACCUUGUUUGACGUGAAUGCCAUCAUUGCUCAUGUUCUCUUUGCUCUUCUUUUUAAUGAAGUAAAAUAUAUUACCACCCUGGAAGACCUACAGAACAUAGAAAAUUCUCUGAAAGGAAAAGCAAACAUUGCAUUCUCAUAUGUAAGAGCCAUCGGAACACCAGAGCAUAGAGCGGUCAUGGAAGCUGCUUUUGUGUAUGGGACCACAUACCAGUUUGUCCUGACCACGGAAAUUGCCCUUUUGGAAAGUAUUGGCACUGAGGCCAUAGAAAAUGCACAUUUCUACUUUUUUCAUUGUAAACAAGUCUUGGAUUUGACCCAGCAAUGUAGAAGAACACUGAUGGAACAGCCACUGGCUACACUAAACAUUCAUCGAUUUAUUAAGACAAUGGAAGCACCUCUGCUGACUGAAGUUGCUGAAGACCCUCAACAGGUUUCAACCGUUCAUCUGCAACUAGGAUUACCACUGGUUUUUAUUGUUAGUCAGCAAGCGACACAUGAAGCUGACAGAAGAACUGCAGAAUGGGUUGCUUGGCGUCUUCUGGGGAAAGCGGGAGUUCUACUCUUGUUAAGGGACUCUUUGGAAGUGGACAUUCCUCAACAUGCUAAUGUGGUCUUCAGAAGAGCAGAAGAGGGAGCGCCGGUGGAAUUUUUGGUGUUACAUGAUACUGAAUUAAUAAUAUCCCGUGUGGAAGGUAAUACACACAUUGAAGAAAUGCAAGAAGAUGAAGAUGAGGACGUGCAAAGUCCAGAUAUGGAUAUUCAAGAUGAUGAAGUGGCAGAAACUGUUUACAGACAUAGGAAGACACAGUUACCUUUGGAACUCACAGUGGAACUAACAGAAGAGACAUUUAAUGCGACAGUAGUGGCUUCUGAUAGCAUAGUGCUUUUCUACGCUGGUUGGCAGGCAGUAUCCAUGGCAUUUCUGCAAUCCUAUAUCGAUUUGGCAAUUAAAUUGAAAGGCACAUCCUCUAUGCUGCUUACUAGAGUGAACUGUGCAGAUUGGUCUGAUUUAUGUACUAAGCAAAAUGUUACUGAAUUUCCAGUUGUAAAGAUGUACAAGGAAGGCAAGCACCCAGUAUCUUAUGCUGGUAUGUUAGGAACUGAAGAUCUCCUAAAAUUUAUCCUGCUCAACAGGAUUUCAUGCCCAGUGAACAUAACAUCUGUGCAGGAAGCAGAAGAAUAUUUAAGUGGGGAAUUAUAUAAAGACCUGAUCCCCUACUCUAGUGUGUCUGUGCUGGGACUAUUUAGCCCAAACAUGACCACAGCAAAAGAAGAUUUCACCAAAGCGGGAAACUACCUAACAGGAUGUGUUAUCACUGGAAUUUAUUCUGAAGAAGAUGUUUUGAUACUGUCAAAUAAAUAUGGGGCAACACUUCCAGCUCUGCUGCUGGCCAGACACAAAGAGGGCAAAGUAGAGAGCGUUCCAUUCGCUAACUCCCGUGUGCAAGACAUGGUUCAAAUAGUGACAAAUGCAUUACUGGAGACAUUUAAAGAAAUACUAACAUAUUCAAUUGCUCCCUUUUGUAGAAAGAAUACUCCUGCGGGAAGAGGAAUCCUACAGACAUACUUUAAUGCUCUGCCUCCCCUUCCUCUUAUUGUUGUGGUGAAUCUGCAUUCAGGUGGCCAGGUAUUUGCAUUUCCUUCAGAACAGGCAAUCACCGAACAAAACCUUUUACUGUGGCUUAAGAAGUUAGAAGCAGGACUUGAGAGUCCUAUCACAAUUUUACCUGCUCAGGAAUGGAAACCUCCUCUUCCUGCUUAUGAUUUUCUAAGUAUGAUGGAUGCCGCAGCAUCUCAACAUCCCACAAGGAAAGAGCCUGAGUGUACAAAAGAAACUAACAUGCAAAAGAAUGAUAAAAAACAACAUGAAGAAAAAUCAACAAUCAGAAAAGAACCAGUUGAAACACUGAGAAUAAAGCAUUGGAAUAGAAGUAAUUGGUUUAAAGAAGGAGACAAAUCAUUUAGGCAUGACAAUAAAGAAUUGUGAUGCUCAAAAGAUUUAUGAGCUGGUUUCAUAGGGCUGUGGAGAGCUUUACAAAGUCUUUGUAGCUUAUUUGGUAGACUGAAGAAUUUAUUAUAAAUUAAUACUAAAUCACUUCCAGUCUCUAGGCCAUUGUUGUCCAAUGGAAAUAUAAUGUGAGCCAUAUAUGUAACUUAGAAUUUUAUAGUAGCACCUUUAAAAAAAGUAAAAGCAGAUGAAAUUAAUUUUAAUAUUUCACCAAGUAUACCCAAACUAGCUCAGUUAACAUAAAAAUUACGAUAUUUUUACAUUCUUUUUUUCUGUCAAGUCUUCAAAAUCCAGUGCGUAUUUCACCCUCACUAUGCAUCUCCCUUCUGAUGUGGCUAGUGACUGACUACUGUAUUGGAAGUUCAGCUCUAGACAAAAACCGGUAUAAUUAAUUUAACUUGGGUCUAGCCAUGAUAUAUUUUGAAUUAGAAUAAAAAUUUAACUCUAGGUUAAUCAUAGUUGACUUCAGAGUGUUAUCAUACAGCUGGAAGUUGUAUUUGCUUUGUUGUAGACAUGAUGUUAAAACCAGUGUUUUUAAACCAAGGAGUUUUGCCCCGAGGGGACAUUUUGCAAUGUCAGGAGACAUUUUUGCUUGUGACUAAGGGUAUUACUAGCAUCUAGGGGUGGGUAGAGGCCACGGAUGCUGCUAGAUACCCUAUCAUGCAUUGGACAGCCCCUCACAACAAAGAAUUAUCCUGCCCAAAUAUCAGUAGCGCCAAGGUUGAGUAAUCUUGUUUGAAACUAACCUGUGGUAGAAUGUUCUUAUUCUGCUUAGUUAUAUUUGAAAAAAAUCUUGGAUAUUAAAGAUAAAUACAUAUUA